AUGUUCAGAUCAUCCGAGAAACCUCUUGCAGAUCUGGAAUCUGACAAAUGGUCCUUAAUUCAAGCGUUCUGCAUCAACGCGGGUGGAUUAGCCCUACGUUCAAAGGACGCGUGGAUCUAUAGUGUAGUAACUGAUGAGGAGAUGGUGGGGUUUGUUGAAUCGGGUACUUUGAAGCCAUCGGAUCUUUCUGAGCAAGAGGUCCUGUGGUUUCUCUGCAACACUUUCACAAGAUGGGGCUACCACCUUGAAGUAUCACCAUUGGAGUUAGCAACUGUUGCCUAUAUCGCCAUCGCCAUUCUCACAUAUCUUAUUUGGUGGUAUACACCCAAAGACAUUAGCAUACCCAUUCUCGCAGUUCUCCUUCCUUGUGACCGUGAAACUUUGGAGAAGAAUUUCCUGGGAAAAAUUGAUUCUUAUCGGUGGACUCAUUUACAGGUUCCAAUCAAAGAAGAAUCCAUUCUCGAUGCCAUCACGUCCAGUCUUGCAGCUUCGAUUUUUGUUUCAGGCUCCACCCCCAAAGAUGGCGAGGUCAUAAGGCAGAAGCAGAUCAACGGAGCCAAAUUCCUCUCAGUAAUAUCAAUCUUCGUCUAUUCAUUUGCUGCUCUAGCAUACAGUGGGAUACAUCUUGCUGCGUAA